CCGGAUUACAUGAGUGAGCUGAUUUUGCCACAUUUCACGUUUCCUUUUAUGAUCUCAGGGAUCUAGUGAAUCUUAUCCGGACCACCGCAUGGCUUCACACAUACAGAACGACUUCGCAAGCGGCUUCCUGGAUGAAUUCAAAUCAUUUGCCACAGAUGCGAUCCACGUUGGUCAAGAACCAGAGCAAUGGAAGUCCAUGGCAGUAGUGCCUCCUAUUUCCCUGUCAACCACGUUCAAGCAAUAUGGUCCAGGAAAUCAUGCGGGUUUUGAGUACAGUAGGAGUGGAAAUCCCACGCGCAACUGUCUCGAGAAAGCCGUUGCCGCUUUGGAUGGUGCUCAGCACAGUAUGGCUUUUGCCUCUGGGCUUGCUGCUACUCUGACCAUCACACAUUUAUUCAAGUCAGGAGAUGGAAUUGUGUGCAUGAAUGAUGUUUAUGGAGGAACCAAUCGAUACUUCAGAAAAGUAGCUUCAGAAGUGGGUCUAGAUAUCUCAUUUGCUGACUGUACAAAGCUCGAUGUUCUGAAAGCAGCUCUGAAACCAAAUACAAAGAUGGUUUGGAUUGAAACACCAACCAACCCUACCAUGAAAGUGGUUGAUAUCAAAGGUUGUGCAGAGCUGGUCCAUGAAUACAACAAGGAUAUAAUUGUUGUAGUGGACAAUACUUUUAUGUCUGCCUAUUUCCAGCGCCCCCUGGCUCUGGGUGCAGACAUCUGCAUGUACUCUGCGACCAAGUACAUGAAUGGGCACAGUGAUGUUGUAAUGGGCCUGGUUUCUCUCAACCGUGAGGAUUUGUAUGAGCGACUGAAAUUUUUGCAGAAUGCUUUGGGAGCAGUGCCAUCUCCCUUUGAUUGUUAUAUGUGCAAUCGAGGACUGAAGACUCUUCAUCUGAGGAUGAAAGAGCAUUUCAAAAACGCCCUUGCUGUGGCCCAGUUUCUUGAGGCAGAUCCCAGAGUGGACAAAGUUAUUUUCCCAGGCCUGCCCUCCCACCCCCAGUAUGAGCUGAUGAGGAGACAGUGCACCGGCUGUCCUGGAAUGAUUACUUUCUACAUCAAAGGGAAGCUGGAGCAUGCUAAAACCUUCCUCAGCAGCUUAAAGUUGUUUGCGCUUGCUGAAAGUCUGGGGGGUUACGAGAGUCUGGCCGAGCAUCCAGCUAUCAUGACGCAUGCCUCCGUGCCAGAGAAUGAGAGGACGAUUUUGGGUAUCAGUGACACUCUCAUCCGUCUAUCUGUUGGACUGGAGGAUGAAGAGGACAUUAUAGCAGACCUGGACCAAGCUCUUAGUGCUGCUCAUCCAAAGAAAUAAAGACGUCUCUAACGAAGUUCACGAUCAAACAUGAAAUCUUACCAUGGCUUGAUGGAGAUGAGGCCGACACAUUUCUACUGGCACAUUUAGUUAAACGCGUUUUACGCGUGCUUGAAACACAAUGGGGAAACAUCAGGGAUCAUCAUCAGUCUCAGAAAAAUCAGUGCAUACACAGACCAAUGAGUCUCUCAUACCUUGACUGAAUGCAGGAAAAUUUUUAAAAAAUUACAUGCUAUCUUUUAUUUAUGUUUGCUGCUUUUACAUUCUUGAUGUUUUUAUGAUUUUUUUUGUGAAAAUUUGUAGAGUUUUUGGUGCCAAUGCGGUAGUCGGGUACUAAGCAAUUUUGGGGCAGAAAGGACUACCAAGAAAUUGAGUCAGAAAGGGAAUACCAAUAUAAUGCCAGGGUUUUUUUUUUUUCUUCAUUUAUUCUUUUCUUUUUCUUCUCAGUCUAUUGAGUGAACAUUGAGUGAAUGACAUUUUGUGAAUGGAAGGGGUCAAGCUCACCAUACAUUGUAGAUGAACUUUGUUGACAAGCCAGGAAUGCAAAAAUGCUGUGACUUUUGCGGUUAAUUUACAGAACUUUGUAAGUCAUUCUUUUCAGAAAAGACCUUCUUUUGACUCUGUCAUGUCACUGGUUCCAUUAAAAGCUCUUUAAUCCUA